AAGAAGACGUGCGCCGCUGCUUACACUCUCGUAACGUAACCGUUAGCCGAGCCACGCCGCGCCGGGAUUUACCUCUUGCCUGAUUCUUCACGACCUGCUCUGCAUACCACGAACAUGAUACUCAUGAUUCUGUUAAGUGCGAUUUUCGGACGAAUCUGCACAACUCCGAUCGCGAACGUUUGGCUCGGUCCGAUAGGAUCUCUGACGCCGUUGAGACAAUACCACGUACAGGACGGAUCCGGCGGAUAUCGUUACUCAUUCACGGGACCCCAUCACGCGAAAUCAGAAUCCAGUUCGAACGGCAUCACGCAGGGCGGUUAUUCAUAUAUCGACUCGAAUGGCAUUUUGCAAACAGUGACUUACACGGCGGACGAUGAAAAUGGAUUCAGAGUGAGCGCCAGUAAUUUACCACAGCAGCCGAAAAAUGAUGUUCGGGCGAUUCAGAACAAGCCGCAAGCGAAGAAGAAGUCUCGCUCGGAGGAGCUACAAGAAUCACAGCUGACAGAUCGAUCGAAUUAUCAGUCAAACAUCCUGUCUUACGAGAUCCUGCCACCUUAUUUUAGCUUCGCGAACCAUGACAUGAGGAAUUUAGCUGUUCGUGAAAUCGCACAAAGCCCGAACAAUCCAUUCUUGCUGUCGAAAUCGGAAGCUGAAAGGAUCGAGGUGCCAAAGCCAGACCCGAGUCUCUCAAAGAUAUCACCUUCGACGACCAUUUCCUCAUCGCCAUCGUCAUCCAUUCGAUCCGACAGACAACGCAAGAACGAAGGACAAUCAUCUGUGGACACCAUCCAGACGCCUGUAACUGUCCCAGCGCCCUAUGUACUUCCGGUUUUACCGUACAGACUAUUGCACAGCGCCCUCCAUCACACUCAGGAUUCUUUAGGCCAAUACGAUUACAGUUAUACCGGAGACUCGAGCGCAAAAACAGAAUCUAGAUCUUUGGAUGGGACGACCAGGGGUGCUUAUAGCUAUAUCGAUCCAAACGGGCUUCUGCAACAGGUUCAUUACGUAGCAGAUCAUAAUGGGUUUAGGGUCAUGGCCACCAAUCUGCCGCAAGCAAAGUAACCAACCGAUCGAGUCGAUCGGUGGUUGUUUUUUUUUAUCGAGCAACCAUCGGCUUGAGAAAAUUGUACGAUUCGUCUUGGCAAAGGAGCGGUGAAUCGUCAGAGUUCUCGAAUAUUAUAAUUUCGUCCUUUUCUCCGAAAUCCGAACUCUGGGAUUUUCGAACGACGCAAUUAACGAAGCUCGAUCGAAAGUUGGAAAAGGAAGAAUCGUUUCUGACAAAAUGGUAACGGAGCAAGAUAAUUUUUCUGCGAUAGAAAUAGAAUUGGAAAAAGCAUUCUUGUUUCUAAAUCUGUGCGGACUAAACGCAAAAGAACUUUUAUCGCACAGUUCUUUCGAGCUCUGUGAAAAAUCCAAAUUUUUUUUUUCAAAUCUACGCGCUCCUAAGAAAACUAUAAAAUCAGCAACUUAAAGACAUGAAAAAUUCCUCCUCUACAUGCUUAUAUUCGUAUGAUUCGUUUUUUCAAGCGUAACCAAUCUUAUCUUCUAACAGUUGCGUCGAUCGAGGUAAAAACAGCGUAUGUGCAAGGAAGGCAAGUUGGGUUCGUUAUAAGCUACUAACGAUUGGUAGCCGCCUUUUCCUUUCUUUGUCAAAAUAAUAAAAGAAAAAAGACAGAAUAAUCUUCGCAUCGCGAUGUUUGAUUGGGAAUUUCUGACGAAACGCGUUUCUAGCCGCGGGAGGGGGGGGGGGGGGGUAUUUCACCGGUGAGGGGGAUAAUCGAUCUUGAUGAAUGCCUUUCGAGUUCGUUCUACGCAACCGCGUUUGUCACACACCGACGAGAACGAACUUAAUUCGCAUUCGUUCUCUCUUCUCUUACAUUUGCUUGUUCGUUAAUCGUCGCAAGUAAAUUAAUUUACACGCAAAUAAAUCAGUCUAUUUUUCAGUUUUACUUAAUUUCGGCUUAUGUUUCAUUCGAUUCUUUAUUUAUUUUUAAUACUUGUGUAAUUUUUAAGUCUUUCAUAGGUCUUUCAAUUGGUCUUUCACUUUGGAACGAAUCUUAUUCGUAAUCCAACAACGGAAUAAUCAAAUCUUUGAAGAAAAAAUUAAAUGUUACAUCGUAAACAGA